CACCAUAUGAUUUGAAGGCCUUAAGUUGUGGAUGAAAUUAGAAUGCUAUCCUCUCUCACUCUCUAUCAUUUUUUUUUUUUUUUUUUUUUUCCUUCUUAGCCAAAACCAAAAAACACAUAAACCAAUUAAAAAUUUUAUUCCUUCCUCUUCUUCAGCGGUCAAUCUAACCUGUUGCACCAUGGAGCUCUCUCUUCUUCCUUAUCACCAACACAACCUAACUCUCCUAAACAAGCCUCUUAUCCCCAUCCCCAUUACAAGGAAUAAACUCUCCAACAGGAUAUCAUACGCGUUUCAAUGUCGCUGCUCGAUGUCUUCCAAAGAGGAUGGCAUAGAACCAGCUAACCAGUGUUUGCAGUAUGAGCGAAGGAGGGCCUUGAUUGGUUCUCUCCUAACCACAGCUGCUGGUAUUUAUGUAUGUGAUGUGGCGGAGGCUGUUAGCACAAGUAGAAGAGCUUUGAGAGGAGCAAAAGUACCUGAAAGUGAAUUCACAACCCUCCCCAGUGGUCUGAAGUACUAUGAUUUGAAGGUUGGGGGCGGAGCUGAGGCAGUGAAAGGAUCUCGGGUUGCAGUUCAUUAUGUUGCUAAGUGGAAAGGCAUCACUUUUAUGACUAGUAGACAAGGACUCGGUGUUGGUGGAGGAACCCCAUACGGAUUUGAUGUUGGCCAAUCUGAGAGGGGAUCGGUACUUAAAGGAUUAGAUCUUGGUGUACAAGGCAUGCGAGUUGGAGGCCAGCGAUUGUUAAUUGUUCCUCCAGAGUUGGCUUAUGGAAACAAAGGGGUCCAGGAAAUCCCACCAAAUGCAACAAUAGAGUUGGAUGUUGAAUUACUUGCCAUCAAGCAAAGCCCAUUUGGAUCUCCUGUAAAAGUAAUUGAAGGUUAAUGCAAAAAUGCAAUCAUAUUUUCCUGCUGCUUGUCUUGUUAAUGUCAAUGACCAAGGUGUAGAAACUCACAGAUUGUGGCCAAAAGGAUUUCUUCCAUGUUCUGCUCAUUAUUGUAAAUAAGCUUGUAAUAGAAAAAGCACCUUCAUAAAAUGAUAUGGAUAUUGAUAAUUUUUGUAAGUUCUACUUAUAUCAUUUAAUUAUAACUCUCAUUCUUUUC